GUUAUUGGGGCUUGACUCUUUCCUGGAAGCAGAGUGCAGAAUUCAGUAUUCACUCAGUCUGAAGGUCACUGAGUGUUCUAAAUCUUUCAGGAACAGUUAGAGACUGAGAGUUUUCUUCCCUGAUUGGAGUUUCAGAGUUUCCUGGGAUUUAAAAUGAGUUCUCAGGGUUUGGAAAAGCUCUGGAUGACGGGUGCUGGGAAAGCCAUAGCUGUGCUGACUAGUGGAGGAGAUGCACAAGGUAUGAAUGCCGCUGUCCGUGCCGUCACUCGGAUGGGUAUAUAUGUUGGAGCCAAGGUGUAUCUGAUUUAUGAGGGGUACCAGGGUCUGGUGGAUGGAGGAGACAACAUCAAACUGGCUCACUGGCACAGCGUAACCAACAUCAUCCAGCUGGGUGGGACAGUGAUAGGCAGCGCUCGCUGUAAAGCCUUUACCACACGGGACGGCCGUCUGGCUGCCGCCUUUAACCUUGUGAAACGUGGGAUCACCAACCUCUGUGUGUGUGGCGGUGAUGGCAGCCUUACUGGAGCUAACAUCUUCCGAAGUGAGUGGAGCGGACUACUCGCCGAGCUGGAAGCCAAAGGCAGGAUCGCUGCUGAGACAGCAAAGCAGUACAGGCACCUAAACAUCGUGGGAUUGGUGGGCUCCAUCGAUAACGACUUCUGUGGCACUGACAUGACCAUCGGAGCGGACUCGGCCCUCCAUCGCAUCAUGGAUAUCGUGGACGCCAUUACCACCACUGCUAUAAGCCAUCAACGCACAUUUGUCCUGGAGGUCAUGGGACGACACUGUGGAUACCUAGCUCUGGUGUCUGCGUUAGCGGCUGGAGCAGACUGGCUCUUUAUUCCUGAAGCUCCUCCAGAGGACAACUGGGAGGAGCUCAUGUGCACUCGGCUUGGAGAGAGCCGUAGAAAGGGAUCGAGACUCAACAUCAUCAUCGUUGCUGAAGGAGCAAUCGGCAGUAAAGGCGAGCCCAUCACUUCCAACUACAUCAAAGAUCUUGUUGUAAAGCGGUUGGGUUAUGAUACCAGAGUGACUGUUCUGGGCCACGUGCAGAGAGGAGGAACUCCUUCAGCCUUCGAUCGAGUACUCAGUAGUAAGCUGGGAAUGGAGGCAGUUGUGGCGCUGAUGGAGGCGACUCCUGAUACCCCCGCCUGUGUGAUCGGCCUGUCCGGGAACCGGUCGGUGAGGCUGCCCCUUAUGGAAGCAGUGGAAAUGACUAAAGCAGUACAGAAGGCGAUGAAUGAGAAGAGGUUUGAAGAGGCCAUUCAGCUGCGUGGAAGGAGCUUUGCAAACAACUGGGGCAUUUACAAGUUACUGGCGUACCAGAAGCCUGCUCAAGUCAUGAGCAACUUCUCAAUGGCCAUCCUAAACGUGGGUGCUCCAGCGGCUGGUAUGAAUGCAGCUGUGAGGUCUGCGGUGAGGGUGGCACUAUCAUCUGGCCACAAAGUCUAUGCUGUUCAUAAUGGAUUUGAGGGCCUCGCCAAUGGAGAGGUUAAAGAGAUGUCUUGGAGUAGUGUGGCUGGUUGGACUGGGCAAGGUGGCUCAGUUCUGGGGACUAAACGAACCCUCCCCAAAACCUGCCUGGAAAAGUUGGUUGAAAAUCUUUCCAAGUACAAAAUCCAGUCACUGCUCGUAAUUGGUGGCUUUGAGGCCUAUGAAGGGGUACUGGAGUUGUAUAAAGCCAGGGGGCACUACAACGAGCUGUGUAUUCCCAUGUGUAUCAUUCCUGCCACUAUCAGCAACAAUGUCCCUGGUACCGAAUUCAGUUUGGGUGCUGACACAGCUGUCAAUGCAGCUAUGGAGAGCUGUGAUAAGAUCAAACAGUCAGCUACAGGAACAAAGAGGAGGGUAUUUGUGGUGGAAACCAUGGGAGGGUAUUGUGGAUACCUGGCAACCACCACUGGUAUUGCUGUGGGAGCCGAUGCUGCAUAUAUAUUUGAGGAGCCUUUCAAUAUCCACGAUCUGAAGACGAAUGUUGAGCAUCUGAAAGAGAAGAUGAAGAAGGACAUCCAGAGGGGUCUGGUGCUGAGGAAUGAGAAAUGCCAUCCCCAGUACAGCACUGACUUCAUCUAUAACCUGUACACUGCUGAAGGAAAAGGAGUGUUUGACUGCAGGGUCAACGUGCUCGGACAUCUCCAGCAGGGAGGUGCACCUUCACCUUUUGAUAGGAACUUCGGUACAAAGUUGGGUGUGAGAGCCACGCAGUGGCUUACUGAGAAGAUGGCUACCACCUACAGACAAGGCUCUGUGUUUGCUAACUCUCCGGACACAGCGUGUGUGUUGGGUCUGAAUGGGAAAGUGCUCACUUUCAGCCCUGUGGCUGAGCUGAAGGAGCGCACUGACUUUGAGCACAGAAUGCCCAAAGAACAAUGGUGGCUGCAUCUGCGACUGCUGCUCAAGAUGCUGGCCAAAUACCAGACCAACUUUGAUCAGUAUGUCACAGGAGAGAUUAGACACGUGACCCUUCGUUCUCUUAGUCAAGACUCUGGGUUUUAGACAGUCACAUACAUUAGUGAUGUACACCAGCGCAUCUAUUUACACCAGCUACACUUUCUACCAAGGAAGACCAGAACCGCAGUCUGUGGCUAAACUGGAUUACUUGGUUAUUAAUCUGCUGAUUCAUGUUUGGUGCUCCAUUUGAAACAAGGAACAACACUCCUGUCAAUGCAGCAUCUAAACUAGCACUUUGCCAAAAAUUAUUUUCAAAUUUAAAGCCUAUAAAAGUAGCCAGGGCCAAUAAUACUGUUGAUUCUUCUUAUUCUUCUUUCGGCUGUUCCUGUUAGGGGUCGCCACAGUGGCUGUUCCUGUUAGGGGUCCCUCCAUCUCCUCCUGUCCUCCAUAUCUUUUUCUGUAGCACCAACGGUCCUCAUGUCCUCCUUCACCACAUCCAUAAAUCUCAUCUUUGCUCUUCCUCUUUUCCUUCUACCUGGCAACUCCAUCUCCAGCAUUCUUUUCCCAAUAUACCCUGGAUCUCUCCUCUGUACGUGUCCAAACCAUCUCAAUUUCAUCUCUCUCACUUUGUCUCCAACAGGUCCUGUCCCUCUAAUAUUCUCAUUUCUAAUCCUGUCCAACUUUGUCACUCCCAAUGAAAACCUCAGCAUCUUCAACUCUGUUACCUCCAGUUCAGCCUCCUGUCUUUUUGUCGGUGCCACUGUCUCCAAACCAUACAACGUAACUGGUCUUACACACUCUUAGAGUCUUAUACACUCUUGCUGGCAACCUUCUGUCACAAGUCACUCCUGACACACUCCUCCAUCCAUUCCAACAUGCUUGCACUUUCCUUCACUUCUCCUCCACACUCAACAUUACUUUGUACAGUUGACCCCAGAUAUUUGAACUCCUUUGCUUUGACCACCUCUGUUCCUUGUAGCUGUCCUAUUCCACUGUCCUCACCCUCAGUCACACACAUGCACUCCAUCUUGCCAAUAGUGCUACUGAUAGCUUAUAAACUGUCAAGGGCUGUAUUCACAAAAAUCUCACCAAUGCACCGAGUGUUCAUUUAAAUGGCACUAAUAGUUCCAAGCUAAUCACACUGGUGUGUGUGUGUGUAUAUAUAUAUAUAUAUAUAUAUAUAUAUAUAUAUAUAUAUAUAUAUAUAUGAUACCAACAGUUUUAUUUAAAGCUAGACUGCCAUUCAGAUUUUUCACGUUUAGGUCAUAAAAAGAAUUUUCCCCGACACCCAAUUAUUAUUAUUAUUUUUUUCCUAAAAGAACAACUAAAAACUUUAGAGCCAUGUGGCCCUAAAUUCUCCGCUAUUUUUUCCUGCUUCACCAUGACCCGAUUCAAGAUACUACAUCAUGCAUCACAUGGUGAGCUUUCCCUGUUCGCGCAAGGCAUUGUGGGAUACAAAUUUGAAACAGAAGAGAAAAAUGGAAGACGUGAGUGUGCGAAUGAAACGUGAAAGGCCAACUACAGUAACGGAAAGAAAGCGAGAAGAAAAGACGUUAUGUUAUAUACGAAGGAAAGGAAACGCAGGACCAAACUAAUAAAUAUCGGCGGUCAGCGAGCACCUCGGUGUGAUCAGCUGUUUGUUUAGCGACAGAAUGAUGGAACUGUCAGGUCAGUGCACGCUCAAAGGUAAACCUGUAGAUGGCAGUAAUGCAACACUGUGGAUGCCAGCUGCCGUAAAACCCAAAAGAAGAAGAAGAAGAAGAAGGUAAACCUGCGCAUGCGCACACACGGACUUCGUCUGUCUGCUUGACUGCACGAAGUGAGGUGAUUUCAUGCAUGUUAUUUGCUUGGGAAUCCUCUCGAAUUAAAUAACUUCCCAGCCACAGAAUGGCCUGAUGUUUUUUUUUUUUUUUUAAAGAUAUUACAAAAAUAAACCUAUUACAAUGACCAAAUUUCAGAGGGAACUAAACUUCACCGAUUUUAUGAAAUCGAAAGGCCGUCUACUUUUAAUAAUUAAUGUUUCAUACAUGAAAACAAAACUCUAAAGGAUACCUUGUCAGAUAUUUGCUCAGCUGAAAGGUUCGUCCAUAAGAGCGAUCCACUGCAAAAUAACGAGAUGAUCGAUAGCACUUACUUUGUGAAAUGAACAUAAAAUUGUUUAAAGUGCGUAUCACGGGUAAAUUCAGGAGCAAGAUCAAUGUAAUUCUCCUAUUUUAUAUUCAACUUUGGUUAAAUUUCUGUCACAUUUUGCAUUUUGUGCAAUUUUUUUUACCUUGCGCAAUACCAGAAAAAUUCAGUUGAAAUCAAGCCAUUUGAGGCGAAUUGGUCCACCUCUGAAAAACUUGGCAUUUGGAUUUCCCGGCAAACAUUGAUUUUCGUGACGUCGCGUGCGGGACGCCUCCUUCUGAACCCUACGCCAGCGCUGGUUUGUUUAUGAGAAAACGACCUGGUGGUUUUCUGCAAAUUUCUUCAACGUUAUCGCGUAAUUAUUAAAAUGGUUAACAGAUGUAUCGUAGGAGGGUGUAGCAACACCAAUCUUGAUGGGAUUAGUACUCAUCGUUUCCCAAAAGACCGGACAAUGAGAGAGAAAUGAGAGCGCUUUGUGCGAGGCACCCGGAAAAAUCGGCUACAUGCUACAGACUACAGCAUUAUUUGCGGUGCUCACUUCACAAGGCCCGACGACUUUGAGAACUAUUUGCAGUGGGAAAUGGGCUUCGCGAGGCAACUUGAUCUGAAAAAAGACGCAGUUCCAUCUAUCAGAAUGCCCAAAGCAACACCGUCUCCAUCUGUGUCAGCGUCACCAAAGGAGCCAGCCGUGUUCGUCUCCCCUGACAGAAAGCGAAGUGCCGCAUCCACUGAGGCCCUCGAAGCCGAGGACCAAGCAGAGACGAGAAAAAGACCAAGAAAAUUGACAAUUCACAAGUUGACUGUUGCCAGGGUAAGAAAUAAGAGAGACUAUACUCUAAAUUAGGUGUUGCUGUGUUUGUGUGGUACACGGGUAAUGUUAUUUAUUGACACACACAAAAGUAAACACGAAAGCGCUGGGCGAUAGUACACUUACUUCACAUGUAUCAAGAGAUAUGCGUGUCAGGGCUUGAGAUCUUGGGACCGGUCAAACACAUUAAAUGUAUAAACAACCCUGCUUAGCCGAUUCCAUGUGUGUAGCUUAUGAAAUCUUUCUCCUACAGUAGCCAGUACUCUUCUCAAUGAAGAAAUAUAUAAAUACAUAAUAGUAAUUAGAAAAAAUAUGUAACAGUAGAUAGAUGAGCAUUGAUACAUGAAUCCAUGGGUUUAGAAGCUGCAAAAUCGCUCGCUGCUAAACUUGGUCUACACAGGCUGUGCACUGAAACCGUGCAAGCUCUCGCAGCCUGCUCACGCUUCCGCAGGUGACGUCACGAAUCUGGCUCCAGACUCCCUUGGGAUUUUUCCAGACGCGUUUUGUUAUUUUAUUUUUUUCUGCUGUAGACAGAUGGCCUUGUGCAAAAUUACCCUUCUGGAUGAGUGUGUAAAGGGACAUACUUUCAUAUAAAAAAAAAAACCUAAAUUGGUCCAGGAUAUGCACUUUAAACAGUUUUCUUAAUUAGCACCUUAUUCAUGAGAGUAAAAACUGCUUUGUGGUUGGUCGGCACGUGAAAGGAAACCGCAUGAAUUUUUGGGAAAUGUGUGAAUUCGUUUGAUGGUUUGGACAUUUCUUGGUCAUUUUUGACUUGGUAUAUAUUUUUACUAUGGCUAAUUUGAGAUCUGUUCAUGAUCCGGAUCUUCGGUUCAUGAAGUUCCCUGGACACAGUGUCUCAGGUUUAGGAGCUGCUUUUACUGCUCAAAGCUUUAACCCUUUGAUGCAAAACAUAUGCACACCCCUUCUAAUGCACAACAUGGGUCAAAAAUGACUCGCAUUCAUUUCCCAGGUUAUUUCAUGCUGACUGAGUUUUUCUUUGCUCUGUCUUUUGAAAUCAAUUUAUUUUAUGAUUGAAUAUUCCAAGUAUUCUUUAAAUAUCUUGUUUUUAAUUACCACAAAUCGUUAAUUAAAUUUUUUCUUUCCUACUUUAUGAACAAAAUUACUUUUUCUAUUACUACACAUGGGUCAUCCAAGUGUGAUUUAAAAUUAAAUGUCUUAAUACUAUAAUAAUAAUUUGUUUCAAGUAAUUACUUUAGCAGUGAAUGGGGCCAGUUAUUUAUUGAUUAACUAUGUAGUUAGCUAAGCCAACUACAAUAAAAUUAGCUAACUAAAGUAGAAUAUGUCAACAGCUCGGUAGCUAAUAGUAAUUACUUCUAACUUUCUGACAAGUAAUCUACUCACUCUCAAGGAAACCUAAACAUAAUCAAUUUUUUUCUAAGGUAAUGUUAGAACAAUUGAAAAACAUUACUUGUAUGUAUGAGAUGGGCAAAGGGCGCUGUGCUGUGCUGCGAAAUGUCUGACACAAGCACAAUUCACAGUUCCCACCAAACGCUGUAGUAAAUGCAUGCGGGUCGGUUCUGACCCAUGUGUGUAAACUUGAUGUAGAAUUACAAAAGCUGUGCUUGUUCAUGACUUAAGAAAGGAAAAAUAAAAAUGAUGAUUUGUGCAAAGGCGGCACGGUGGUGUAGUGGUUAGCGCUGUCGCCUCACAGCAAGAAGGUCCUGGGUUCAAGCCCCGGGGCCGGCGAGGGCCUUUCUGUGUGGAGUUUGCAUGUUCUCCCCGUAUCUGCGUGGGUUUCCUCCAGGUGCUCCGGUUUCCCCCACAGUCCAAAGACAUGCAGGUUAGGUUAACUGGUGACUCUAAAUUGACCGUAGGUGUGAAUGUGAGUGUGAAUGGUUGUCUGUGUCUAUGUGUCAGCCCUGUGAUGACCUGGCGACUUGUCCAGGGUGUACCCCGCCUUUCGCCCAUAGUCAGCUGGGAUAGGCUCCAGCUUGCCUGCGACCCUGUAGAAGGAUGAAGCGGCUAGAGAUAAUGUGAUGUGUGUGUGAUGUGAAGUAUAUCAUAGAAACACUCAGCCGUACAUGAAAUAACCUGGAAAAUGAAUGCAGGUCGUUUUUGACCCAUGUUGUGCAUUAGAAGGGUAGUGAUACAAAAAGGGUUUUUAUUCAAAAAGUAAGAAAGGAAAAAAUAAAAUAAGGAUGUAUGAUGAUCAAAAACAAGUUAAUUGAGGAAUACCUUGAAUACUGAAUGAUGGAAUUAAUUUAUUGCAAAGAUAUAGAAGAUAAAAACUCAGCCGGGUCACUUUUGACCCAUGUUUUGCAUCAAAGGGUUAAAAGAACAAUCAGGAACAAGUACAAAGCUAAAAACAGCUUAGUACGACUUACUUUUUACACAUGUGCACACCCACAAAAAAAAAAAAAAAAUCAGUUUUGAGGAACGGUAAAAAUGCUAAGACUGGAGCUGUUCAAGAAGGGGAGUGUCCUCGGACUCGAGGUUGCCCGAAAUCCCCACUGAGGCCAAUUAAACCAUGUGAUUUUUCUUGUGAAUACAGCCCAUGCCAUCCUAAACAGGACAAAAUGAUAUGAUUGUCAUUAUUUUCAGCUGUAAAUCCUACUAUAGAAACGAUAACACUCUACCAGCAGCCUUUCCUGUCUUACACACUGCUUUGUUUUUACUCAAAUUGCUUUACACUGGAACAUUAAGCAUCCGCAGUCGAAUCUUCUCAUGCGUGAUGGUGUAUUUUUAUGCCUGUGUAAUGUGAGGUGCACUCUUUCAAGCGUAUGGAUCAUAAGAGCAUUUAUAAAGAACAUGCUCACUA